AUGAUGCGGUGGCUGGCAGAUGACAACAGGCGGAAAAAAGAACCAGAAGUUUUUAACAAUGUUGUGGAAGGGCUGAAGAAAAUCUACAGAAAUAAACUACUGCCUUUAGAAGAAGCUUACAGAUACCACGAUUUUCACUCGCCUGCUUUAGAUGAUCCGGAUUUCGAUGCCAAGCCGGUGAUUCUGUUGAUCGGGCAAUAUUCUACAGGUAAAACCACGUUUAUUCGAUAUCUGUUAGAGCAGGAUUUCCCAGGAAUGAGGAUAGGACCCGAACCUACGACAGAUCGCUUCAUAGUUAUAAUGGGAGGAGAAACAGAAAGUGUCAUCCCGGGAAACGCAUUGGUUGUAGACCCCAAGAAACAGUUUAAACCGUUAACUAAAUUUGGAAAUACGUUUCUUAAUAGAUUUCAGUGUUCCCAGAUGAAGAAUCCAGUUUUAGAUAGCAUUACAAUCGUGGAUACCCCGGGUAUCUUGUCAGGAGAGAAGCAGAGAGUAGACCGCGGUUAUGAUUUCGCUGGUGUUCUCGAGUGGUUUGCCGAGCAUGUGGACAGAAUUAUUUUGUUAUUCGAUGCCCACAAGCUUGAUAUUUCUGACGAAUUCCGACGGGCAAUUGAAGCAAUUAAAGGUCAUGAUGACAAAAUUAGAAUUGUCCUGAACAAAUCGGACAUGAUCAACCACCAACAGCUUAUGAGAGUGUAUGGCGCCCUUAUGUGGUCCUUAGGGAAAGUGUUGAAUACACCAGAAGUUGCCAGGGUAUACAUUGGGUCUUUCUGGGAUCAGCCGCUGCAGUUUGAUAUGAACCGCCGCCUGUUUGAGUUGGAAGAGCAAGAUUUAUUUAAAGACUUGCAAUUGUUGCCAAGGAACGCUGCCUUGCGGAAGCUGAAUGACCUCAUCAAGAGAGCCAGACUGGCUAAGGUACAUGCCUACAUCAUCUCCCACAUCAGGAAGGAAAUGCCGGCCAUGUUUGGCAAGGACUCCAAGAAGAAAGAUCUCAUCAACAAACUGCCGGAGAUAUUUGCUCAGUUGCAGCGGGAGCACCAGAUCUCACCUGGUGACUUCCCUAACCUCAAGCACAUGCAGGAACAACUGCAGCAUCAGGACUUCAACAAAUUUAACCUGCUGAAGCCAAAGCUCAUCGAGACGGUGGACUCCAUGUUGGCAACAGACAUUGCCCGCCUUAUGCAGAUGAUACCAGCAGAGGAGAAAGAAUCAGUGCAGAAGGAUGAAACCAAUGGAAAUGUCCAUGGUGGGGCUUUCGAAGGCUACACUGAGAGCCCCUUUGGCGUGGGCCGAGGGGAGGGUGUGGACGCAGGUCGCGGGGAACACGAGUGGGUUGUGGAGUCUGGCAAAUAUGAGUAUGAUGACACAUUUACCAAGCUGAACCCAGUCAACGGGAAAAUCUCAGGAGCUGCGGCCAAAUCUGAAAUGGUGUGGAAGCUGGCAGAUAUUGAUAAAGAUGGAAUGCUGGACGCCGAUGAAUGGGCCCUGGCCAACCAUCUCAUUAAGAUUAAGCUGGAAGGUCAUGACCUUCCAAAUAUAUUGCCAGAUCAUCUGAUACCACCGUCCAAACGGGAAGGUACUGCAGAACUGGCUUCCUAA